AGUUCCCUGCAUGGUAUAUACAUGCGACGAAAAUAAAUAACGUCACCCUUACGAUUCUACCCAAGCCAAAUUCACGGAAAACGGAUGCUCUGAUCUCAUGGAUGCAGCGUGCGGCGUGCACUCGUUAUUUUUCCGGAAGUUUCAAUCUUUGCGUUAGAAAGAUUCACCAUCAGCAAGUCUCAAAGUAUAGUCUCGAUAAUUCUAAGCUUUUCGAAUUUAUCUCGCACAAUACCAAGUAUAUAUAAACAAACGGUUACAAGCCGAGCUUUUAAAGAAAAACAAGCAUAAAAAAGCAGGAGUACAACUCAUGAAUCAUUUACAUCAGUAAUUUGAUUAUAAAUCUACUUGAAAUCAUGUCAGGUUUUGACAUAAUGACAGAUUCUUCAUUUAACAAUGAAUUACAGUGGAGCUUAGUUCCCAACGCGAAUCCAAAUGUUGCUACAGAAGAUCAUUUACAGAGUUUGGGUUUGAAUGUUCAAGAUGGCUUGCCCAAAUUUAAACUCAAUGAAGUUGGUCCUGUAGCUCUUGCUAGUUCCAUCUUCCAGCAGAAUAACAUCAACGUUAAUGAUGAUUUGGAGCAGUCCUUCGUUGUACUGGGUAAAACAUCAUUGCAAUCAAUUAGAGAUGAUGCACUGGCUAGCUAUUUGGAAAUUCAACAGAAAAGUCAAUUGACUGAUCAUACUUCAAUGAUCUCUAUGAUGAGCCCAUCAGAAAUUGAGGAAAAAUUAAAAAACGUACUAGAAGAAAAUAUUAAAUUGAAGGAAACUUUAAAACAGAACAACAGUGCCACCAAACAGCAGUUUAAUACUAUUACAAUGUGGCAAAAGGAUGUUAUGACAGUUUGUGACAAUCAUAAGCAAAAAUUUAUGGAAACUAAACAAUUGAUGAGUCGUUUAAAAAAAGAAAAUGACGAGUUACGAGAAAAGAUUGCCAAAUAUCAAUUACAAGAAUCGUCUUUGAAUAGCAGUAGUGCAACUGGUCUUUCAUUAGAAGGUGUUAAUGCAUCUUCUUUAUUAAAAAAAUCAACGUAUGUUAGCACAGAAAAUCUUCCCACACUUACUGGUUUCAAUACCUCACUUUUGGAAGAGGGAAAACAACUGGAAAAUGACAACAUUCAACUUGAAAAUGAACAAGAGCUUUUAAAAAAAAAUGACACUUUGUCAGAAGAAUUAAAUAAAGUAAAAGUUAAUCACUCAAAAACUAAGGAAGUAUUGCAAGAACUGGAAAAACGAUAUUUGACUGACAUUGAAUUAUUUAGUCAGCAGUUGCAAAAGGCCAAUAAAGAAUUGAAAGAAGUAUUGAAGCAAAAAUCUGAUAUGACAAAUUCUCUAGAAUUAGAAAAAUUACUUGUUAAAUGUUGUGAAAAGGAUUUGGAAUUAAAAUAUCUUGAAGAAAUAAUUACUUCGUUGAAACAGCAAAUUAAAAAAUAUGAAGAAAAUAUUUUUCCAUUGAUUGAUUUACAAGUUGAAACAUCUGAUGAGUCAUCUGAUGAUAAAAAAUUACUAAAAGAGAACGUUAAAUUUUAUAACAAUAAAAUAGAGGAACUUGGAAAAUGUUUCGCUGCGCAAUGUUCGCGCUAUAUGCGAAUACAAGAAUUCUUGAAAGAAUCGGCUGAUAUUAUUCAGAUUUUCGAAAAUUCUGAAGUACUAUCCAAUAGCAGCCUACCAGAAGAUAAGGUCAAGGAUUAUAAAGAAAAACUGCGUGAAUAUCGUAAGCGAUUGAUCGACGAGCAAAUACAAAGCAUCGAUGAUAAACAAAUUACUAUUAAAGUUCAAAAGCAGUUUCAGAAAAUGUUAUCAGAUUACAAUGCUGUUAUUUAUGAAUUGGAAAUAUUAAGAGACGAGAACUCAAAACUCGCGACAAUGCAAACCAAAGCAUCAGAAGAGAAUUCGCAAAAGUUAGCUGAUAUAGAAAAACAUCUCGACGAAGAAAAGAAAAUACUAGAUAAUGAAAAGACUGAAUUAUUGGAGCAGCGACUGAGUCUGCAGUUUGAAAAGAAAUUAGUUAUCGAAGAAAAGGAAAAGAUCGAAGCAGAGCGCAGUUCUUUAUCUUUGGAAAAAGAAAAGCUUAUUGAAGCCAGAACUAGCUUAUUAGAAGAAAGGACAUCUCUUGAUCGACAGAGUCUAUUGUAUGAAGCUGAAAAGGGAACCUUACAAAAAGAGAAAAAACUUUUACAUAAGAAAUGUGACGAAUUGAUGAAUCAAAUUGAGAUUCUGAGGCAUGAAUCGAGCAAAGCUAAUACAACUAUUCAGCAGUUGAAUUUAAAUAACAGUAAAUUGAAGGAAAAUGAGGAGAUAAUUUCGGUGUACAAAAUACAAACUGAAAUGCAUCAAAAAGAGUUUGAAGAAAUGAGAGUAACACAAAAAAAUUUACAAGACCAGUUGCAAUCACUUUCAAUGGCAAAUUUGCAAUUGCGAACUGAAAAUGAUCGUCUAGGAGGCCAAGCAAAUGAGCAAGACAAUUCAGAUGUGACGAUUAAUAGAAACCAUGUACUUUGUCCAAAAUGCCAAAACAGCAUUUCAACUGAUAAUCUUUCAUUGCACAUAGCACGUUGUUAUAAUUUGGACUGACUAUCCUUAUAAUGUCAUUUUUCUUUGACGUCGUAAAGUCUUCAGCACAAUCCAGGUACUGCGGCCUCUGCGCAAAAUACAUCGUCCCAGGAGAACGUCAUGGAAUGGUCAUUUGUACUCCAGAAUUUGAUUAGUCUCUAAUAUACCAUUUUACUGCAUAAUACGUAAAUAUUUUAUGACUGCUAUCUUAAUUGUUUAUAGUAAACUUUCUUAUUUUUAAUUUCACUAGAAUUAUUAUUUUACUGCUAGAAAUAUUUUAUUUAUGACUGCUUCUGUACCUCGCAACCAAUAUUUAUAUAGUUUGAAAAUUGUUUAAAGAAGAUGCGACACAUUAUUUCAUGGCUAAAGAAACAUGAUGCGUGAACAUUUUUCAAAAUAAAUAUAUAUUUUUAUUAUAGCAGAAUAUGUUUCAAGAUUUAUGUAAUCAAUGAUAGCUGAAGGUUUAGGCUCUUGAUUCGUCGGAUAUAGAUAACUCAAUUGUGUAGCACACACUUGUAUUAUUGGUCCUGCUGCAUAUGAUAAUAAUUCGGACAGUAUUUCCUAAAAGUAGUGUGAAUUGGUUGAAACUAAAAUUAGAAAUAAAAAAGAACUAAAAAGAGAA